AUGCGAUCGCUUUUUAGAAAGCGAAUGAUGACCUUCUACACAGUUCAUCCGCACGAUGGGAGAGGUCAACACUUAAGUCCGUUGAAGUUCCCCGGCUCGGUCAUAUAUGUACAUGAUGAGAAUGUCCUUAAGUAUGAAAAGAGCAUAAUGCAGUACAUGGGUACGGACAUCAUCGGGUUUGAUACAGAAUUCGUUUUGGAGAUAAGUGGAGACCGUUCCAACCAUUUGGACAGCGGGAAGGUUCCCCCAAGAGGUCAACCACUGAGGGACGCCCUCCGUAGCGACGGGAUGCAAAAUAGCAUUUCAUCAGGCGCAUCCCCACAUAGAGUAGACCUAAGGAAGGAGACUAAAUUGAAAGGGUUCACGGCGAUGUCGACAGAAGGUAGUUUUUUAAAAAGAGUACACAGGAACAGGUCCCCACCAUGCCGUGAGAAGAAAACGCUGUGCCUGAUUCAGCUCAGCUCGAAAAAUCUCUGCUUCGUUUUCAACAUUAACAAACUGAAGGGGAUGAUCCCCAUGUGUGUGAAGGAAAUUAUGGAGGAUGAAAAAAUAACGAAAGUGUGCCAUGACAUUCGAAAUGACAGAGAUAUGUUCCAAGAGAAACAUAUUCAGAUAAGGAACACUUUCGAUUUAUAUGAUUUUUGCAUGCAGAGUUUUCUCUACCCUCCUUCAUUACAAUUCUUAGUUAAAUUAUUUCUUAAAAAAAAUUUAGAAAAACAUUUUCGAAUGUCCAACUGGUUAAGUGAUGACUUGAGGGAGGAGCAAAUUCUGUAUGCUGCUGCCGAUGCGUAUGCGUCGAGGGAGGUCUAUAUGGUUUUAAAGCAACUGGGAAAGGUGAAUCAGUCGUGUGUGUUGAAUCAGCCUUGUGUGCCGAGUGAUCCGUGUGUGGCUUCAAAUGGGAAGACUAAUGUAACCUCCCCUGUGAUGGAUCCACAUCUGAUGAGUGCAAUCCAUAAGGAGGAAAACCCAAGUGACGCAAAAAGGCUUCAUAGUGAGACCCCUCAAGAGAGAGAAAGUAAAAAUGAUGUCUUUUCAGCGGAGGCGCAGCAAAGUAGUAACACCCAAAUAGUAGAUGAGACGGAGAGGCGCACUGCUAUAAUGCACACCUCUGUCACGACGAAUAAGCAGAAUGACACUACGCUGGGGCGAAACUCCACGGGGAUGGAAAAACAAACAUAUGCAUUUUUUGGAAGACACCAGAUAAGCACUAUUCAUGAGUUAAAAAAUAAAAUCCACGUGAAAUGCGCACAAUUGUGUAACAUAUCCUUUGUUGAAGAAAUGGUUUUUGCAGGCAGUGGCUAUAAAAACCGGAUGUCCUUGCAGGACGUGGAGAGAGGCAGGUCCCUCAUCGUGCUGCAUUCGCAGGGCUUCGAUGAGGAAGUCAGGUGCUGCCACGAAAUAUUGAGUUAUAUGGACAGCGCGGCGUAG